AUGGCUUUAGAGGAUAUUUGCAGUUUCAAGGACACUCCUGUGUAUCACAAGUGGUCUUCAUCUUUGGAAGAUACUUUUCAUAUGACUGACUAUUACAGUUUUGGAUCGAGGAGAUUGAAAAAUUGCAAGACAACUGGUGAGGUCCCACUACAACUUUUCUUACCAACUUUACCAAACUCUGCCUCUAUCAACCACAGACCUCCGUUCCCGGCCAAGCAUUCAGUGACAGUCCGCAGGCCUUUCCCUCUGUCUCAUGGAACAACGACCCUUGGUUUCAUUUUCCAAGGUGGUGUAAUUGCAGCUGCAGACACACGUGCCAGUGCUGGGGGGCUUGUUGCCUGUCCGGCUGUUCAUAAAGUUACCCCGAUUCACUCCCACCUGGUGGUCACCUCCUCUGGGAGUGGUGCAGACUGCAUGCUGUGGGAGCGAAUUCUGACCAGAGAGAUCAGACUCUACCAGCUGCGGCACAAACGGCGCCUGUCAAUACGUGGGACUGCUAAACUCCUAUCAUUUAUGCUGCACCCCUUUAAAGGGACUGACGUGUGUGUGGCUCUUACAUUGUGUGGCUGGGACAAGAGUGGCCCACAGGUGAUAUAUGUGUGCAGCGACGGAGCCCGACUGCAGGGAGAUGUCAUUUCUGUUGGCUCAGGUUCUCCUUAUGCUUAUGGAGUCCUGGAUAUAGGACUGAGGGGGAGCCUGAGCAAAGACGAGGCCAUCUCUUUGGCAAGAGAGGCCGUGUUCAGAGCUACUCACAGAGACGCCUACUCAGGAAACAGUGUCGACCUCUUCCACAUCACAGCCCACGGAUGGAAACAAAGAGAGAGGGAGGACCUGAAAGAGGAAUAUUAUAGAGACAUGGAGAGGAGGGCAAAGAUAGUGGAGGAAAGAAAAAGACUGACAGAACCAAAAGUUCCCACAUGA